AUGUCGGAUGUGCAUAUUGAUGCUAAUGCAUUUUAUAAAAGAUUGGCCAUCCUACAAAAGACACUUGAAUCAAACAGUAUACCUCAAGCUUUGAUCAUUGUUGGAGCACGUAAUGAUGACAACACAUAUAAAAAAUCAACAGUUGUUCAAACUUGGUUAUUAGGUUAUGAAUUUGUUCAUACUGGUAUUUAUAUCACACCAACAAAAUGUAUUUUUAUAACAUCGGAAGGUAAAGCAAAAUAUUUACAAGGAUUAACAAACAGACCAGAUACUGUUGAAAUCUGGUCUAGAACAAAAGACGUUGAAAAGAAUAAACAAUUAUUUAAGACUUUAAUUGAAGACAUGAAAGCUGUUAGUGAUGAAUAUGGGACAGUAUUAAAAGAUAAAUAUGAUGGUAAGUUUGUUGAGGAAUGGAGGGAAAUAAGUGAAGAUUCUGGAUUAAAACCAAUUGAUUUAGCAUUAACUUUAUCGAAAUCUAUGGAAUUAAAAGAUUCUGAAGAAUUUGAAAAUACAAAAAUUGCAUCAAAUGCAAGUGUAGUAAUGAUGGAUACAUUUGUUAAUGAUAUGAUGACAAUUGUUGAUCAAGAAAAAAAAAUCACAAAUUCUCAAUUAACUGAUCAAAUAGAAGAUAAAAUUGAAAAUAAUAAAUGGUAUUUAAAAUCAAAAUUAGGUAAAAAUUUAUUACAAUCUUUAAAAGAUUUUGAUUCAGAAUUUUUGGAAUGGUGUUAUUCUCCAAUUAUUCAAAGUGGUGAUGAUUAUGAUUUAAAACCAAGUGCAUUGUCAACUGAAAAACAAUUAGUUGGUGAAGGUGUAAUAUUAGCAUCUAUUGGUUUGAGAUACAAAUCGUACUGUGCCAAUGUAGGUAGAACAUUUUUAAUUGAUCCAACAAAAGAAAUGGAAAACAAUUAUGAUUUUUUAUUAAAAUUGCAACAAUAUAUAAGAGAAAAUUUAUUAAAGUCUGGAGUUAAAGCAAACAAAGUUUAUGAGGAUGCUUUGGAUUAUAUUAAAAAAGAGAAUCCAGGUUUAGCUGAUAAAUUUACAAAAAAUUGUGGUUGGUUGAUCGGUAUAGAGUUUAGAGAUUCAACAUUCUUACUUAAUUCCAAAUCAGAUAGAACUUUAGAAGAUGGACAAAUUAUAUCAUUAACUAUUGGGUUUCAAAAUAUACCAAACAAAAGAAAAACUUAUUCCGUACUAUUGACAGAUACUUUUAAAAUAAGUGUUGAUAAACCAAUUUUAUUAACAGACUAUCCAAAAAAUAAAUCAGACAUAUCAUUUUAUUUCAACGAUGAUGAAGAUUCAACCAAAAAAGCUAAACCAGAAUCAAAACCUAUUGAAACCAAUGCAUCUUCAAAAUUAACUAAAACAAAAUUAAGACAUGAAAAUUCUAAUGCUGAUGAUAAAAAUGCUGAAAAAUUAAGACAAGAAAUUCAAAUGAAAUUACAUGAAAAAAGAACAGAAGAAGGAUUAGCAAGAUUUUCAAAAGCUGAUGCAACUGAUGCGGCGGAUUAUAAACCAAUUUUUAAAAAAUAUGAAUCAUAUAUAAGAGAAUCUCAAAUUCCAAAUAGUGUAAGUGAUUUAAAAAUUCAUGUUGAUUAUAAAAAUCAUACAAUAAUUUUACCAAUUUGUGGUAGACCGGUUCCAUUUCAUAUUAAUUCAUAUAAAAGUGGUUCACAAAAUGAAGAAGGUGAUUAUACAUAUUUAAGAUUAAAUUUUAAUUCACCUGGUGCUGGUGGUAAUGUUAAUAGAAAAGCUGAAUUACCAUAUGAAGAUUCUCCAGAUAAUACAUUUUUAAGAUCCAUAACUGUAAGAUCAAAAGAUCGUGAUAGAAUGGUUGAUGUUUUUAAAGCAAUUCAAGAUCUUAAAAAGGAUUCAGUUAAAAGAGAACAAGAAAAGAAACAAUUAGCUGAUGUUGUUAGUCAAGCUAAUCUUAUAGAAUUUAAAGGUUCAAGAAUUAAAAAAUUAGAUAAUGUAUUUAUUAGACCAACACCUGAUACAAAAAAAUUAGGUGGUGUUUUACAAAUUCAUGAAAAUGGUUUAAGAUAUCAAUCAAGUUUUAAAAUGGAUCAAAAAAUUGAUGUAUUAUUUUCAAAUAUUAAACAUUUAUUUUUUCAACCAAGUAAGGAUGAAUUAAUUGUUAUAAUACAUUGUCAUUUAAAAAACCCAAUAAUGAUUGGUAAAAGAAAAACAUUUGAUGUACAAUUUUAUAGAGAAGCUAGUGAUAUGGCAUUUGACGAAACUGGAGGUAGAAAAAGAAAAUAUAGAUAUGGUGAUGAAGAUGAAUUACAACAAGAACAAGAAGAAAGAAGAAGAAAAGCAUUACUUGAUAAAGAAUUUAAACAAUUUGCUGAAUUAAUAGCUGAUAGUUCAAAUGGUAUAGUUGAAUUAGAUAUACCAUUUAGAGAAUUAGGAUUUCAAGGUGUUCCAUUUAGAUCUUCAGUAUUAUGUCUUCCAACAAGAGAUUGUUUAAUUCAAUUAAUUGAUCCACCAUAUCUUGUAGUUACUUUGGAAGAAGUUGAAAUUGCUCACUUGGAAAGAGUUCAAUUUGGUUUAAAAAAUUUUGAUUUAGUAUUUGUUUUUAAAGAUUUUAAUAAACCUGUUGUUCAUAUAAAUACUAUACCAAUGGAAUUAUUAGAAGAUGUUAAAUCAUGGUUAACUGACGUUGAUAUACCAAUUAGUGAAGGUCAAAUGAAUUUAAAUUGGGCACAAAUUAUUAAAACAGUUCAAGCUGAUCCAUAUCAAUUCUUUUUAGAUGGAGGUUGGUCAUUUUUAACUGGUGCAGGUGAUUCUGAUGAAAGUGAAGAAGAAGAUGCAGAAAGUGAAUUUGAAGCAAGUGAUGAAGAUCCACAAGAUGAAAGUGAAGUUAGUGAAGAUGAUUAUGAAAGUGAAGGAGAUAGUGAUGAUUUUUCAGGUAGUGGAAGUGAAGCAGAAAGUGAAGAAUCAGGAGAAGAUUGGGAUGAAAUGGAGAAAAAGGCAGCAAAAGCAGAUCGUCAAGCUGGAUUUGAAUAA